CUGUCGGUGAAGUCUACCCAUAGAGUCUGUGGCAUAGACUGUAUACAAAUUGUGAAUAUAAAAAUAAGCGUAGGCCUGCCAUCCUUCAUUUACAGAGACCAUGCCUCUCUAGAUGAGAAAAAACUACAUAUCCCAGGAAGCAUUGAAAACAUCGGGAGCUUUAGGGAACAGCGCUGCUGCAGACUGUGUCCUGCCUGACUUGUACUUGGGAAACUUCAAAGAUGCGAGGGACAGAGAGCAGUUAGCGAGGAACAACAUCACACACAUCCUCUCCAUCCAUGACAGUGCAGCCCCUAUCCUGCCGGAGAUUACCUAUCUAUGCAUCUCAGCAGCGGACCUGCCCACACAAAACCUGACACAGCACUUCAAACAGAGCAUCAUGUUCAUGCACGAGUCCCGGCUGAAAGGAGAGGGCUGUCUGGUCCACUGUCUGGCGGGUGUGUCUCGGAGUGUCUCCCUGGUGGUGGCCUACAUCAUGACAGUGACAGGGCUGGGCUGGCAGGAGGCUCUGGCUGCUGUGAGGGUGGCCCGGCCCUGCGCUGGCCCCAACCUGGGGUUUCAGCGCCAGCUCCAGGAGUUUGAGACCACUCACGCUGACCAGUACAGGGAGUGGCUUCGGCAGGAGUACAAAGAGAGUCCCUUCAAUGACGAGGACGACAUCCGCAUCCUGUUGACAAGGAGUCUCAAACCCAACGGGGUGGCGGUGGAGGUGAAUAUUGAGCCGCCCACCCCUCCAGGAUUGCAGGGUACCUGAGACCCCUUAUCUAGGUCUUAAGUCUUGCAUUGUGGGAUGAUACCACUCUGGUCCCAAGAGGGGGGGGGUUCUCUCUCUGUCAGUACGCCGUUGGACCAGUCUCUCUCUCUGUUGUUGUCCCUUUGCUGGAGAAGACUGGGGGAGGAUGGGCCGAUUGAUGCACCAUUUUGAGAAGGUUUAUUGAUGUUUUAUUAUGGCUAAUACUACUGGUUUUAUUACCCCUAUUUUAUGUAUAUAGCUAUGUAUACCACGUUCUGUAUUUGUACUUGCUUUUCUAAAUCUUCAAAAUGUAUAAUAUUGUUACCAUGUCAUUUGUUUCUUCUUGAAGCCAUUUGUGAGCUUUUUGUGCAAUAAUAAAAGGAUUCAAGUCA